AUGGGUGUCAUUGAGUUGCAUGAGAAUGAGGACGUCGAUUAUAAUGAGUUACUUGGCGUAGAUGAGCAAGGUCAGCAAAUUUUCGAAAACAAUGUGGAUAACAGAGAUUUGCUUGGACAAUAUGAAUCGAACAGUUCGAGGCAUGAACACCCAUCGAGAGGUAUUGUAUACGACAGUGUUCCAAGUAUAGAGAACAGUCGGAAGGCUAUCGAAUCAGUUUUGGUGCUGGACACAUCUGUAGAUUCGAAACAAAGAGUCUCUGGUGAAGCUGUCAGCGAGACAUUAUCACGCAUACGCAGUGAACUAGAAGCUUUAAAAGUGGACGAGACCAGCAUACAAGAAGUUACCUUCUUAAAAGAGUUGCGUGAUAAGCUAGGUGAACAGUAUACCACGACUUUAAAAGAAUUAAGAGGCAAAUUCAUGGCCACGAAGGAAUUACGCAAUGAUGAGAUGAUCAAGUUGCCUGAAAAGAUUCAAUUGGAUUUUAACGAUUUACAAAAGAUUCUGAAACUAGAUGCCAGAAUUAGAAAUAUUGAAGAAAGAGUUGGGACAAACGAUUGGAGUCCAGGAAAUGCCAAACCAAUUGUUACACAACUGAAUGAACUCUAUAGACAUCUUACAAUCCUUAAUGAUGAUAAAAAUGGGAAAACAUUAUCUAGGUUCCAAAGAAAAUUAGAUGAAGUUAGUGUCAAAUUCGAAGAAUCUCUUUUGAAUAAAAAAAUGGGUAAAGAGCCUACUAUAUUAGACGAAUUAAACAUAAAUUUGAAAAGAGAAAUGACACUGGACAAAGAGGGGCUCCAGAUGGUGACUAAUUUACGAAGUUAUGAAUCAUAUUUACCAAAUAUGGUAGAUAGAGUGAGGUAUAUUGGUGAUUUAAAUAAUAACGUUGUAGAAAGUCUAGAUAGGAUACGAUGUAUUGAUUCUACCAUUAAAGACUUACAAGUACAAUCGAAUAAGUGGGAAAACACGUUAAAAACAAUGAAUGAGAAAUUAAUUGCACAAGAGAAGAAUAUUGAUGGGAAUUUAAAAGGCAUAUAUUCAAAAAUUGAUGAAUUAAAUAUGAAAUUAGAUAAAGUUUUACGAGAAUAA